UUGUGAUUUUACUCAGUGACGCACAGGUUACUAGAGAUCUUUGAAGUGCUUCUGGAUUUUUGUGAGUACAAAAUAUUUUCUCUGGCCUGCUCGGGGAUCACUUCGUUCGCCACAUAAUCUAAGAUUCAGACACGGACCUCACCAGUGAGAUGCUUUUACCAGUCUCCUAUAAUUUUUCAUCACCACACGUUCCUAACAACGCCCGUUCCCUGCCCUUCAACUCCUAUCUUCCCAUGCCAUCGCCUGGUUCUCAUUUCCCUUCACUCGCCCUGCCCUCCCUGCUUCAUCCGACCUCCCUUAGACGUUUGCCACCUAGAGCAGGCCAUGCCCACUUGCCUAGAAGACCUCCACCGGAAAAAACCAGGUCACCGUCAGGAUAUACGUCUUUUACGUCCGUCCUUGACCCACUGGGCAUCCUAUCAUCCUCAACAGGAUUUGCCAAGAAGUCGCAGAGGAUCAAGGAGGAACCAAAGGAUAAAAUGCCAACGACCACCCAAGCGCCCUCUCUCGUGUACAUUCCUGACGGAGGUCAGGGGCCAUGUGGAGACCACCAGGACUCAGGGUUCAACGCCUACAGCUUCAUAGGGUUCCUCUUGGGUGUCGUCAAUAUUGUAACCCAGGUAGCCAAUAACGUGAAUAACAACCUGAACAACAACAAUAAUAACAACAACAAUAACAACAACAACCUUGGAAAUAUCAACGCAGCUAAUAGUAAUUCGAAUCAGAACAACGAUAAUUCGGUUGAUAUUCCUGCAGCGAUGGGAGGACGAAGGAGACGUCACUCCGAGGAUAUGGUUGCUGAGGAAGGGAAUGGAGCCACACCUAUGGGGAAGGAGGGAUGUAUGGCGGCCGAUGUUGCCAUACCUUUCUUGAGGUGACGCCUCACCACUUUACUUGAAUCGUCUCUUCGAUGAUUGUUCUAAUAUCUGAAUAGUCCAUAAAUAUGUUAUACAUCCAGUUCCCUAGCUCAAGGAAACUAAAUAUUCUUUAAAUGAUAUAGUUUUUUUCUAUUUUUCAGGGCUUACUACAUGAUACA